CGGCAUUGCCAUUUAUUGUCAUCAACAUACUGUACCACCACCCAUCCAACAUCACGUCUUGCCUAGCUAGCAGCUCCAGUAUCGCCGCUUCAAAACUACAGUUGUAUAUAAAGGAAAAAGGAGUUUUCUGAAGAUGGCCUCAAUAACUGAAGCAUGGGAGGUACUCAACUCUGACGAUUCCUUCCUUCCGUUCUAUCUACCACUGGCCUUUUGGACCGGGGCGUUCCUCGUCUCCAAGGUCCGAAAAAUCGAGUUCCAUGAUUGGAAACCUCUCCACAAUGCCUUUAAUAUGGCAGCCAUUGCUCUGUCGGCCAUAUCUCUCUACUUUGGCAAUGACAACAUCUUCAAUGAAAGAAUCCCCAUUCUGUUUUCACUCAGCUACUUUUCCGUCGAUUUGGUGGAUUGUGUCUGGCGCAGGGAUAUCGCCUUUACGUUUCAUGCCGUCUUCUGCCUUAUAUUGGGGACCUUCAACUACGCCACCCCGGUCCUCCGUACCAUACGAGCCAAUUCCAAAGCGUGCAUGUUCGAACUGUCGUCCCCCUUUCUCCAUCGAGCCAAACGAACGCGACAACCCACCGAUUUCCUCCUCUUUGUCGUUGUCUUUACAUGUUGUCGAAUUAUUUGGAUACCGCUGAUCGGAAAACAAAUGCACGAAGCUGGAUUAAUCUUUCCAACAGACAUUAGACAAAUACUGGUGGUAGGAUUCUAUGCUUUGAACUUGUUCUGGUAUUACAAGAUGAUACGAAUUGUUCUCGAUGCGGUAACCCAGUCAAAGCAAGAAAAAUCAGUGUAGCACAAACACAUACCGUACAUGCAUCCAAAGGAAACUGAGGAGUACUAGCAGGCUAGCUUGUGGGGAGUGGGUAGUUUUGGGGGGGCUCUGAAGAUCUUCUGAUUCAAAAGGCUGCAACGUAAUGGAGCCUUUCUGGACAACAAAAAUGAAACACUCAACAAUUUUGACGAAGCUGCUUGCUAUCCUUUUCAGUGGUCUCUGCGCAAAUCCAGCUUUAAAUCAAACAUAAACCUUUUUUAGUAUAUUAUCUUGGAAGAAUACGAUUCUCCUUAUCCUUUCUUUAG